CUCUCGCUAGUCGUUUGUUUCACCUGAUUGUCAAAUGUUGGCUACUCCCAAAAUUCACGUGAUACUAUAAAAGUGUAGAACAAUUUUUAGUUUUUAACCAUAAUGGCCUAUCACAAUUAUUUUUUAAUUUUUCUAAUAGCUGUGUUCAAUAGUAAUUUAGCUCAAUGUGCAGAAUUUCUGCCUGUUUUCAUGUGGGGUACAAGCAAAAUGCCAGAGCAUGUACCCGCGUUGCAUAAAAUCAGCCAAGAUUCAUUUAAAGAUACCCUUUUAGAAUAUUUAAAGAGAGACCCUUACAUUCUUGUGUUCACUGAAAAAAACUUGAGUCCUGAAGAUUUUGUUCAAAGCGACCAAAACGGGGUCCCCGUAUUUACGAAUAUUCAACAACUGAAAAACGAAGGUAACCAUGUUCGAUAUUUACCCUCUGUCCAAAACCCUCUUGGGGCAAUAAAACAAGUUAAUAAACCCAUCACACAAAUUUCAAUCUCAUCUAUACUGAGUAGUACUAAUGUGCCUAAAGACAAUAUAUGGAUUAUCGACUUAGAUGAUGCUAAGGACGACGAGUCAAGAUCCCAUAUGUUGAAACGUCACGAUUUUGAUAUUGUCGCUAUAUAUAAAGGUGUUUUGAAGCACCACGAUAACGUGUUGGUUCUGUACACAGCCAACCACACCGCUUGGGUAGCACCUGAUGAUGUUACUCAUGGUAGAUCAAGGAAUUUGCUUGAAAGUGACGAUACGUCAGCAGAUUCUACCUCGCCGGUUGUUUUCAAUACAACUGAUACUUUAUUGUACUUGAGUUACGACGGCGCUGUUUGGACUGGUGAACAAAUUGUUAAUGUUAGUAAAGCUUUUAAACUCACGGGGGCAUCAAAUGAUGGUAAUGUUUCCUUAAAGCUGACAAAUGAUAAAGUGACUAUAGAAAUUCUCGUUACACAAAAGCAGGGUUACUGGUACGUGAAUAACAUAACUGUAGAUGGUCACAACUUGGUAGUGGGUGCAAACAUCUAUGCACCUGUUGGGUUUUCCUACCAUUGUACAACUUCCAACUUCACAACUAAACCAGAUACAGCCGGCAAAGUCGACGCCUUUUUGACGUUGCCAGGAUUUCAAAUUCAAACUUUUAUGAAUAACACUGAGAGUUUUGGAGAUGCUUAUGACUGCGUUGGAUUUACGUCGAUUCCCAUUUGGUCGGGUUUGUUUGUAACCGCCAUCUUACUUUUCAUUAUAACCUUCGGGCUGACGAUGAUGAUGGAUAUUAAAACCAUGGAUAGAUUUGAUGACCCGAAAGGAAAAACUAUUACUGUUACCGCUUCUGAAUAAUCCUAGGCGGUUAUUGUGUGUUGGUCGCAACAUCCAAUAAUCGCCGUUUAGUUACGUCUUCCAAAGUAUUGCACCUGAACAGAAAAAUUUUUGAUGGUUCUUGUGAUAAAACUCCAUUGAUUUCAGUCUGCCAUCCAUUUUCUGUCAGGUUGGCAAUAAUGGAACUGCCAUGUGGCUUGUCUUCAAAUUUUUUAGGACCUAAAGCUUGUUAUACAAUGAAGUACUCCACCAAUGCGUAAAUAACGAAUUAGUGUCCUGUAGAUCAGAAGACCUAAUUUAUAUACACAAUUUAUAUAUGUAUAUGACAAUAGUAUUUUUAACAGGUUUUGAAAUUUCAUAUAAGUGGUAAAUUGUUGUUCAGGUAGAUGUACAAGUACAAUAAUUUGUUAACUAAAGUAGCCUUGACGUUGUUAUUGUAUAAGAUAAGCUUUGUAGGUUUGCACAUAAGGCAAACUGUAUAUACCCCAAAAUUGUCUUAUUUGUUGAAUAUGUUUGUAAAUAGUAUAUAUUUUGUAGCCCUGUUAUUGUAUAGUAUUAUACUUUAAAAGUGACCUUAGUCUUUAGUUCUAUUUCAUUCCAAAAAUUUCAUAGUAUUUUUAGAACGAAAACGAACUUCAUUUCAACUAAAAUGACUCAGUCGCGUUAAGUUAAACGGUGAUGGGCUGUUUGUAAAUAUGUAACGUAGAUUUUAUAAGUACAUUGUUUGGGUUCGCAUGCCAAAAAUGUAGAAAGUAUCGUCGAUAAGAUAAUGUAGGCGACAGGGGCCUACUUUACCACACUGUAAUAUAAUAAACCGUAGAUAGUAA